AUGGUGGCAGCUUACUCACGUGUCGCCAUUGGCAUCGAGGGGGGUGCCUAUUACGGGAAAAAUGAUGCCUGGGUUUGGCAUCUCUCCGCAGAUGAGAGAGCCCUAGCAGGGAUCAAGGAGGAACCAAGCCCAAUGGAUAGUCAUAUCCCUGACGAGGAGAUCCAUCGACUUAAUAAAUCGCCGGCCCCCUAUACAUGGCCGGUGAAGAAAUGGCCAGGAUUCCUACCUGAGGUCGAAAGCUUCCUCGCAGCAUCCGGCUAUAAGCCCGAAGAAGUUUUGGAGGAUGAUGAUGGCAACCUUUACGACCUGGAGCGGAGAAUGCUCAUAGCCUUCCCGGCGGGCAUCAUCGAGAUGCGUCAGAAGCAGAAACUGCAGGAGCGAGCAAAUCACAGGCCACAAAUCAUCGAGUAUCUAGGCCUGAUGUUAGUGCAGGGUGUGCUAAAACCGUUUGAAAACCAUUUGGAGAGAACAGGUACACCUGCAAUGGUAGGGUACUUCCGUGAGUAUCUCCCAGAUGUGGCGGAAGAGCUCAAACUCCUCGACCCCGAGGGUGCUCGCCUGGCUUCCAAGAUCGCCCUGCCCAUCUCGGCUUCUUCUCCUCCUGCUUCGCCUCCCCCUUCGCCUUCGUCCGCUUCCACUCUUGCCCAGCCUGAAACCCACGAAGUGAGCCAGGCUCCAGUCACUUUGGCCUCGUCCUCGACCAUCCCAAAAAAGAAGAAGUCAAAGAAAGUCAAGAAGGCCAAGAAGCAGCGGGAUAAGAAGAAGGCUGCCGAGAUCGCCGCACUCUCCACCGCGAGGUCUCCCUCCCGCUCCCCCUCUCCCUCACCCUCACGCCUGUCACACGUGAGCGGUAUCCUCGAGGAAGCUGUUGAUUGCGUCUGUGCAUCCAGUAGGCCUCUCUCGACCGACCAGAGCGCUGUUCAUCGCGACUGUGCAUGCGGCGUCUCUACUCUCGCGACGAUCCGCCACAAAUCGUCGCAAACCCAGGGCACCGCUGUCCAUCGCGGGCGUGCAUGCAGCGACCCGAUGCCAUGCUACUGCCGCGCCCCAGCCUCAGACGCGGCAUUCGAGUCGGAGCUUAGCUACGACUCUGUGACCGCGCGGGCGCCAACCCAGGACUUCGGUCUGGGUUCGUGGAGCGCUCCUCCAAGUCCCCGGGCUUCUUCGUCGGCCCUUCCCCUGCCAAGGGAAGGACCUAUACCGGCGGGCCGUCCCGGGAUGAGGAGGACGUUUCCUGGGAUUAGUGUGCAGGUGAGCAUGGCCGUACGUGGGGGAAGGAAGCAGGGGGAUGAGGCGGUGGCGGAAGAUAGUGGAUGGGGAAAGGGAGAAGUGGCACUCUUGAUAGAGUUCCUUCACUGA